GAUUUGGUGUAUUCACAGUUUAAUUGAUAAUAAUGUAAAGAAAGAAAACUUUUGGCAUUUUCUCGUGAAGUCGAAGCGCCAGGAGCGUUUUGCAGUUACCCCUCACAAUUCGCAUCCACUUAAACUAACUCUGUUUCCACUUCUUUUUCUCUCUCUAUAAAAAUUCUCCAAAUUCUACAGUAACUGAUCAUUCACUUCAACUGGGUCUUCUCGUAAUCGAUCAAAUUCAAAUGGGUUUCUGAAAUUUUGGCGGAAUGAGGCCUGCAACAGGAGAAAAUCCGAGCUCCACGCCACCAAAGCUGUCUCUGUUUUCUCUGCCAAGACAGCCGUUGGAGUCACCGGGGAUGGUGACCCCGCCGCUGCACGCGUCAAUUUCUGUGCCGUUUCAGUGGGAGGAGGCGCCGGGGAAACCGAGGCCGUUCGGGAUUAUUGAGCCGAAUUCAAAGCCCAAAAGCGCGAGAUCUUUGGAUCUGCCCCCGAGGCUGUUCGCCGAUGCCAAAGUGGCCCAUUUUGCCUCUCCGACAACCACCGUGGACGACCCCAUUUCCGGCCGAGACCUGUCUUCCAGUUUGUCGUUCAGGUUCCCCGACACUUGGGCGGAGACAGCGACGCCGACGGCUACGGCGACGAGGGGGGGCAAGGAUGGUAAAUAUGUUGGGUCUAGACGGUGGAUGAGCUUCAGGAAGAAUAAGGAGAUUCCGAAGGGCGGGUCUGAAAUUUCUCUCUCGAGCGGCGGUGCUGACGGCGGCGGCCGUAAUGUUGGGAGUGGCGACGGAGAAACGAGGGUGAAGAUCACAAGGUUUAGGAGUAGACGAAGCUUCUUUAGGAAACCGAAUUCAAAGCCGCACUUGAUUGCUAGUAUUUAUGGGAGCUUGAAGCAAUUCAUUCCCUGGAGACAAAACAGAUGAAAUGAGAAAAGAAGUAUCACACUGAUCAUAGAAAACCAGAAUAGAAAUCGAGAUAACCUAUAGUAUUACUCAACUUUCUAUAUACGAUAUUAUAAUUUCUUUUUUAAGAAUGUUACUUUACUCCUACACAUUCUAAUUACUAUAUAUUUCUUUCUUACGUCGGUUUAGACUUGUAAAUAUCUUUAUCUAAUAUAAUUUUAAUGUCUUUUCUUUAUAAUCCUCAAUCAC